GCCACCAUUGGGAUUGACUUCUUGUCAAAAACCAUGUACUUGGAGGAUCGUACGGUGCGGCUGCAGCUCUGGGACACAGCCGGCCAGGAGAGGUUCCGCAGCCUGAUUCCCAGCUACAUCCGGGACUCCACCGUGGCUGUGGUGGUGUACGACAUCACAAAUCUCAACUCCUUCCAGCAGACCUCUAAGUGGAUCGACGAUGUCAGGACAGAGAGGGGCAGCGAUGUUAUCAUCAUGCUGGUGGGCAACAAGACGGACCUGGCCGACAAGAGGCAGAUAACUAUCGAGGAGGGGGAGCAGCGCGCCAAAGAACUGAGCGUCAUGUUCAUCGAGACCAGCGCAAAGACCGGCUACAAUGUGAAGCAGCUCUUCCGACGUGUGGCGUCAGCUCUGCCUGGAAUGGAGAAUGUCCAGGAGAAAAGCAAAGAAGGGAUGAUCGACAUCAAGCUGGACAAGCCCCAGGAGCCUCCAGCCAGCGAGGGAGGCUGCUCCUGCUAAUGCAGCCUGCCCGGCCGGCUUCCUUUAACACUACUCGCUUGUUGUGUUGCUUCCUAUUGGUUAGCUUCCUAAGGGGGGUGGGAAAGGAGCUUAUCAGGAUGGGAGGAUUUUUCUUUUCUGUCUCUGGGAGUAGGGUGGGGUGGGGAGGGAGGCUGGGCAUCAGGGAUCACGUCACUCUUAACAGCUGUUACUUAAACAACUAUUUUUUGGUUUGGUUGUAAUAUAUUGUACUUUAUUAAGAUUGCCAAAAACUGUUAAAAUUAAAAAAAAAAAAUUUAAAUCAUGUGUAUACAACUUUUUGCCAGAUAAAAAUGUAGUCAUUUUUAUUUAAAAUAUGUGCUUUUUGUUUUUGUAUAUUUGUAAACUUACAGAGAACAUUUUCCACACACCUCCUCCUUCCUGCCCUCUUUGAAUGGUUCAUCACCUCUGCCCUCCUUCCACCCCAGCCCGAUAAAUUACAAUUAAUGGGGCAACUUAAUUAGGCUCCAAUCCCAGGCCCCACCCACCAAACAGGCCCUACCUGGCUAAAUCAAACACUGAACAAAAGAGCCUCUAAAGAGGCAACUUUUAAUUCUGUCCUCCUUCUGUGGCCAGAGUGGGACAUCAGCCAUGGUCCUGAGCUGAAUUAAGGCCUUGUGGACGGCAGGGAGCCCAGCGGGAGGCCUUACUGGAAUUACUCCUGCCUCUCCCUUCCCCUCCCUGACAAGCCUUGAAGGGGUGGAGAGUACUUGCCACAGGCAGCCUGUGUCCUCUGUGGCCCCCUCAGUGAUUGGCAGAGCAAGAGGUCGUCGGAAGGAAGGACGGGGCGCUGUUGGCAACUAUGGGCUUGUACAAGUAGAUCUGUGGUUCAUAGCCUUGGGGCACCAUGUGUGUUUCUGAAGACGUUCUAACCAAUCUUCCCAGCGGUCAGCACCCAUGUCUGGGUUGAAUCUAAGGGAAGGGCCAAAAGAAACUCAUUGUGUGCUGCCCGGAAGCCCUCGUCCUUACACGACAGGGAAGCUAGAGCCUGUAUCACACGGUGUUUGUGACUGGGGAAGGGGGGUCGACCGCAGUACCGCCACCUUGAAGACUCAUGUUCAGAUCCUCGGUUGCUAAUACUGUUGAGUGCUGUUCUGGAAAAGCUGACUUGCCCCACCGGCAUCAUGCAGUUGUAAUCAUUGUGCACGUACCUUUGAGGAUAUUGUAGCAGCGCUCUGGUUGCCUGAGGGUGCUGCUGACGUGGGGUCUCCAGAAGGCUGCCCAGAGAGAGCCAUCCUUGCCAUUUCGACUCCUUUCUGAGAAGGGCUUAGUCCUGAGGGCCUGUAAAAGUCUCUCAAGAGAAUUCUAAGUGAUGUAACCCAUGGGGCCGCGUUCCAAAUAGACCCAGACGUACUGAACCGAGCCUGCAUAGAGCCAGGCAGUAGGCAGCAACUCUGGCCCAAAACCCUGCCCUCCAAGCUGGCAUUGUCUCUGCCUCCAGACUGCUGUCGGGCGUGUCCUAGGUGAGCUAAAUGACCAUCUGGGAGUGGGUGGGGUGGGGUGGGAUUCCUCCACAAAGCAGGACUCCAACAAGUUAUUGCAGUGAAUUUUGGAACUUCUCAGAAACUAAUCCAAAAUGGCAGCCAAUAAGUAGACAGGACUCACUGGUAUUUGUCCGGUGGGCCUGUCACACACUCUCAGCUUAAGGAGACUAUAUGACAGAGCUGUUGUUUAGAGAGGAAUUUAUCUUCAGGUGAAGAAGAGAGGAAGCAGGAUUCUCACUGAGCUCCUCUUCCAGAAGGCAAAGACUGAUGUAUGAACGUAAUUCCAGUGUCAAUGUGUUUAGUUUUUAUAUGUGUGUACAUAAUUAUAUAUAGAGAUAGACUUGUGUAUACACCUUCCACACACAUUCUCACAGAGAUACACGUGCUCAAUGUAUAUUCUUGUUUUUCCUGCUCUCAAGUUGGAACUUGCAUUGUGAUAACAGUUUUGGAAAUUCAAAAGUACUGCAACGUGUUGAAAUAAGAAAUACUUAAUAUUGUCAAAAAACUUGUGAUUGUCUUGCCAUCAAUAAACUAAUGCAUAGAUGUGUUCAACUACAGGCAAAAAUAGCCAUGGGAAUAUGUGCACCAUUUCUCUCUCUACUUAUAUGCAUCGGUGUGCAUGCCCAUGUGGGCCAGUCCCUCCCACCAUGGCACCCCCGCCCCCAAGUGGUGCUUGUUGGAAGAGUGCUUACUUACCUCGUGAGAAUUUAUAGGAGUCCAUGUUACAACGUCCGGCCUGGUUGGCAGUGAGGCCCGUUGCUUUUGGCCUCUGGGACAGCCCCAUUUGCUGGGAUCUGCAUUGGGUCCCAGGGAAUGAAUGUAUGGUGGAUUCUCAUUUUCUUGGUACUAAAGAGUAGCUUUUCUUAAACAUUCCUGUAAAAACAAAGGAGAAACUCCCAUUCCCUUCUCAUGUGCACACAUAGUUAAGGCACCACGAACACUUUUUUCCAUCAUAGCCUAGGAACAGUGAGAGAUGCGGUAGAUGUCACAUGGCUUGAUGUGGCCUCGGUGAGCCCUGCCUUCCUAGCAUGUACACAAGGUCCUCUCUCGAGUCCAGGCUCUCCCCAGCCCUGCAGGCUUGAGGCGAGGGCAGUUGUCUCCUCUUGCCCUCCCGUCUUAGUGGUGCCACGCCAUUCCAUGACCCUCCUUCUCUCAGGCCUGAUUCCCAUCCCUCACUUCCUGGCCUGUUGAGGUAGCCAGAUCUCUUGCACAGAAGUGGGUUGGUUCCUUGGCUCUCAUGUUGAGCAGCUGCCAUCACUGUUCUCUUGCCUGUAGGUGGUAUCUUGACUUGGGAUUUAAGGUUCAGUAAUAAAAUGAUCAGAUUCCCUUGAAGAAGAGGGGAUGAAAUUGCCUCCACAUCCCCAGCGAGUGUGACAUCCCAGCCGAAUCCAGAUGGGCUAGCCUGAGGCAAAGCCAUCGUUCAGUCCCCUCCCUAAGGAGAUGGCCAGAGUCCUCUUCAGGCCCUUUUUCUUUUUUUGGGGGGGGGGGUGUCUCAAAAGAUGUCAGUAAAGCCCCUAUUCCACAGGCAUCUGAAAAACAGCGUAAGAUGCAGGAGCAGAUAGCGUGUUUAGAAAUGCACACACGUGCCAGAGUGAGGGUGUGAUGUCAGCAGCUUAAGUGUGAGAAGUGCGGCGUAGAGUCUGCGUCAGCAAGCCGGGCUGUUGUGAGCAAGCCCCUCUAGGUCAGAGGCCUCUCUGCCGUCACUGUCACCGCUCUCUUCUGUCUGCAUGCUCCCGGGUCUGAGGGGCAAGGCCAGGUGGUUCAAGAGUCUCAGGCAACAGAAACAAGAACGAAAACGGCAGCAGCUAAGCGUACAGACUUAUCUCGAGUGCAGCGUCUCCGGCCUCUCAACGGCAAGCCGGCGCUGGGAGCCCCUGCCCUCAAGGACCAGCUGUGACAGAACGGCGCCGCUGGCUUCGGUGUCCUGCAGGCACAGCAGCCUCAUUCCUUCACACGGCAGAAGGCAGGUGAGGGUGUCAGGAUGUGAGGACAGGUAGCCAAGGACCGAGUCCCAUCCGAGCCACGUGAGGGGCAGCCGAGCAGAGAAGUUUUUGUGCGUCAACCAAGCAGGGCUGUACGCUCACUAAUUUCCAAACUACCUCUCCCCCGAGCACGUGCGGCAUCGCCCCCUAGCUACGGCAGCAGGACGCGGCGGUCUCAGAGGCAGAGAAGGGCCACUUGCUUCUGGUCACCCAGCGAGCCAGAAGCGGUCAGAGCCAAGGUGUUUCCAUUCUUCAAUCAUCGCCAACCUGGGUGUGCAGAUGUGACCGUGCACUUGCACGUAAAGGGCUGCCGGGCACGGGGGCUCCUCAGACCACCUCUGCUGAGGACUCUGGCCAGCAUAGCUGAGUGAGCUGGGAAAGAACGCAUGUCCAUUUCACACUCCUCCAUUGCCAAGAAGGGCCAGUCCCCAAGUCCACUCUGAUUGUCAAUGGGCACCCACAGACCAGGGCACCCUUUUGAGUUUUUGUUUGAAAUGAACUAUCUAGGUGUUCCAAAACCUUGGGCUCUCAUGUGUAAACUCUUCGGUGCCAGAUCCCUGUGUGGCUGACACUCCCCGCAGGGCAUGGCUUAUCCUUGCAGUGGGGUUUGGAAACUUCCUCCCAGUGGGAAGCCUCCAGACGCGGAAGGCCAGCUUGCAUCGUGUGGUGUGUCAGCUUGUCCCCUCACUUACCUGCACCCAUCCCCUUGAAAGUGGUUGGCCAUGAGGAACACAGAGGGUGGCAUUUCCAUCGUUUACUGGCUCAGCAGGCAUAAAUGGCCACAUUGACUUUACAUAAAAACUGUGUAAAAUGUGGAAGACUCAGCAUGUUGAGCAAACAAUAAACUGUCCUGAUUCUCAACACAAAA